AUUCUUCACUUGCAAAUCAAAGCGACAUGAGCACAGUUUUAUUCCUCACCUUUGUGUGUUGCAUCGGGGCACACAUUAUUAAGCAGCCAAAACGCUUCCAGACCGCCAAACUUGGUGAUGAUGUCAUUAUUGAAUGCUACUUACCUAAUAAAGAUUAUAAUCAUAUGGUUUGGUACAAGCAGGAGAUUGGAAACCAACUUAAAGCCAUUUCAAAAAGUUACAUUUACAUGAACAAUGUUGAAUUUGUAGGUGAAUUUAACAAUGGUCUCUUUAAUGUGACAAUAAGCCCAGGAAUUUAUCAUUUACACAUUUCCUCGACAAAAAAGCAAGAUGUUGCGACAUACUUUUGUGGAACGAUAUCUUUGGGUCAACUGACUUUUGGACCAGGAACAUUUUUAAUGCUUGAAGAAGAACACAGCACAUCAACAGUACAUCAGGAGCCGAUUUCAGAAGUUCACAUUGGAGACAACAUUACCUUCACGUGUAGAGUUCAGAGGGAAGAUAAGAAGAAAUGUGAAGCAGGACAUCAUGCUUUGUGGUUUAGAGAGACAGCAGAAGAUCUUGAGUCUGCUCCUGGCAUCAUUUACAGUGCUGGAGAUAUGAAGAAACAUGAAGAGAGAUGUGAGGAGGAUUCAGAUUCACAGAGCUGUAUUUACACAUUAACAAAGAGGAGUCUCAGUCUUUCUGAUGCUGGAGUUUAUUACUGCGCUGUACAUGGAUGUGACAAGAUCAUGUUUGGAAAUGGGACUCGUUUGGAAUUCAGUUCAAUACACGAUGGUGAUUUAACAAACCCAUUGUUUCUUUUACUCAUCUCAUCAAACAUCAUUUCUAUGAUAAUAAUAAUCUUCCUUGUGGCAUUGCAACUUUCAUUCAGCAGAUCUGCUGUUCAAGAGACAUUUCAAGACACUCAGGUUGAACAUGCAGAUGCCCUGACCUACACAUCUGUGAGUUUCAGCAGUAAGCCCUCUAGAGGUGCUAAACAAAACAGCAUUUCUCAGAAUAAUGACGUGUAUUCGCAGAUCAGGUCAUAA